UUUUUUUUGUGUUUUUAAUAUUUUUUUUUUCUAAAGUUAAUAAAGUUAUAUAAAAAAAAUUACAGAUGGGCUUAUUAACUAUUUUAAAAAAGAAUCGGCAAAAUGAAAAAGAAAUGAGAAUUUUAAUGUUAGGAUUAGAUAAUGCUGGUAAAACAACCAUUUUGAAACGGAUUAAUGGUGAAUCUAUCGACACUAUUUCACCAACGCUUGGUUUCAACAUUAAAACAUUAGAUCACGACAAUUACAAGUUAAAUAUUUGGGAUGUAGGAGGUCAGAAAUCGAUUCGUUCUUAUUGGAGAAAUUAUUUUGAACAAACAGAUGGAUUAGUCUGGGUUGUAGAUUCAGCUGAUCGACUUCGUUUGAAUGACUGUAAACGUGAACUUGAACAACUUUUACAAGAAGAACGUUUAGCAGGUGCAACAUUAUUAGUAUUUGCUAAUAAACAAGACAUUGCAGGUGCUAUGACGGAAGAAGAGAUAAAAGAUGCGCUUGAGUUAGAUGCUAUCAAAAGUCAUCAUUGGGCUAUAUUUGCUUGUAGUGCAGUUUCAGGAAAUAAUUUAUUAAAAGGCAUGGACUGGAUUGUUAAUGACAUUGCAUCAAGAAUAUACAUGUUGGAUUAAAAUAAACCUUUAUUAAAAAAAAAAGAAAGAAAGAAAGAAAGAAAGAAAGAAAAGCAAAUCUUGUAUGUAACGUAGACAAUAAAAGCAAGCAGGGAAACCAUAUAAUAGUGUGUAUGUAUGUGUGUGU